CUAACGAAACAUUUCGAGCUCCGUGCAAACGGGUCCAAACCUUGUCUAAACGUGCAAUUAGUUCAUUUUGCAUAAAACGAUUCUUUAUUGACUAUGUACAUACUGUUAGUGAAAAAAGGGCCUAUGAAUGUCAAUUGGUUUUUUCUCGGGAUGAAGGAUUGCAGUCGAUAGAGUAGAAAAGCCCUACGAGUAUUUUGUUUUGAAAUUUAAUUUCUUAAUGAAAAAAAAAAUAUUUCGUUAGACAGAGAAAUUUUACUCAGAAAGUUGUCUCUGCGUGGAAAAUCUCAGGAAAGUGAAUUUUCGAAGCAAAAAAUCUCUCCCAAAGGAUAUCAAGCUGAUCUCUCUCAAAGUUAUUAAUUUCAUGACGAGUGUAGAGUCAGGACGAGUGAUUUCCAGGGAAGACUUCCCCGGGUAAACCACUGGCAUUUGGAGAUGAGUGUUCGCAUGGAGAGGACAUCAUUCGACAAUACACCGGUUCAAUCACUUCAGGAGGCAGCUGAUGCACUAUUGGAACAGGAUGAUAAAUCAUCGAUGCGGCUUCAUCGUGAUCGUCCUGAGUCUUGUGAUGAUUCUGCGAAACACGGCAGCAUUCGUUAUUUUGAGAAACGGGUCGGAUCGGAACGUGUGGCUGCAGCUGAAUAACACACAACAUGUUGAUGGAAUAAAUCAAUCAUCGAUGGAACCGGAACUAUACGGAUUAUCAGACCCGUUGUCGGCAGCCUUGCACCGAGUCAAACGUAAUCUGAUGGAUUUGGGUUUAUCGUGUUUAAUCUGCGAGAUCGGCGUGAACUUGCUCCAGAACCACAUCAGAGCAGGUCUCUCUGAUGAAGAGGUCAUGGGUCACAUCAAACCCGUCUGCAUGUUGCAGCUGAGCGAGAGCGUCUGCGAAGGAGUUAAUCAAGUAUUUGCGCCAGAAGUCAUCUACAUCCUGCGGAAGGUGGAUAUGACUCCUCGUGAAAUCUGCAGCUUCAUAAUGGGCGAUCAGUGUUAUUAUGUGGCGACCCCAUCGCACGAAUGGGAGGUUUCUCUACCCCUGGUUAAAAAACCUGUCGUUCAACCCCUUAUUCCCCCCAAAAAAGGGGGGAGAACUCUGAAAGUCCUUCAUAUUUCGGACACCCAUUACGAUCCGUAUUACGAGGAAGGAGCCAAUGCCGAGUGUGGUGAUCCUCUAUGUUGUAGAGUGUCUAGCGAAGCACCUGCUAGCCCUUCCGGAAGGGCUGGAAAAUGGGGUGAUUACAGAAAAUGUGAUACCCCUAAGAGAACGCUUGAUCACAUGCUCCAACAUAUUCAGAAUACACAUCCGGAUAUCGAUUACAUCAUCUGGACCGGUGAUAUACCGCCUCACGACUCAUGGAACCAAACACGAGAAGAGAACCUUCAGAAUCUCCGCGAUACAGUGAGCCAAAUGCUUGAUGCAUUUCCAAAUACAUCAAUCUUCCCGGCUUUGGGAAAUCACGAGAGUGCACCGGUGAACAGCUUUCCAGUCCCAUCCGCACCGGACAACUACACCAUCUCCUGGUUGUACGAUGAGCUGAAUGAACAGUGGCAACGAUUGCUGUCAUCAAACGCCUCGAAUACUGUUAAACGCGGGGGUUUCUACUCGGUCGUUGUCAAACCUGGUUUCCGAAUAAUUUCAGUGAAUACUAAUUACUGCAAUAAUUUGAACUUUUGGCUGCUCCUUAAUAGCACGGACCCGGUUAAUGAGCUCCAGUGGUUGAUUGAUGAGCUCCAGGCAGCGGAGGAUAAGAACGAAAAGGUACACAUCAUUGGACACAUACCACCAGGUACCUCUGAUUGCCUGAAGAUCUGGUCUGGCAAUUAUUACAGGAUCAUCAACAGAUACGAGUCGACAAUAACUGCCCAGUUCUUCGGUCACACCCACUUCGAUGAAUUCGAAUUGUUCUAUGACAUUGAUGAGCUCACUCGACCGGUUAGUGUAGCGUACAUAGGCCCCUCGGUGUCGCCCUAUGAGAAUCUCAAUCCAGGGUACAGAAUAUACUACGUCGACGACGAUGGGAGAUUGCCGACGAGGCAAGUCGUUGAUCACGAAACCUGGAUCAUGAAUCUCGAAGAAGCGAAUUUUUAUGGUACACCAUUUUGGUGGAGGCUGUACAGUGCGAGAGAUGCGUAUGAUAUGGCAUCGCUUCAGCCGAGCGAUUGGAAUCAACUGAUUGAUCGGAUGAUCGAUGAUACAGAAAUCUUUGAUGUUUAUUACAAAAACUAUCAUAAAAAUGCGCCAGUCAGGCCGGUGUGUGACACCAAAUGCCGGAAAAGACUUCUGUGUGAUCUCCGAAGCGGUCGCAGCCGAGACAGGGAAGUCUUAUGUCAAAGUAUAGAAGAAAGAAUUAACAAACAGAGUUACUUCAGUUGGGGGAGUUUUUUUUUCAUCGGUUGAGUCAUUACUGAUCCUAUAAGAGUAUAAAAUAGGCCCAUCCCUUGCCAGAAAGAUGCUGCGAUGCCAUUUGUCUUGGCAAGUUAUGUGUAAUGGUGAGUCAUCUCCUGCGAGGGGUUGGCCUUGUAAAUAGAUGAAAGAUCCUACUGAGCAUUGCUUGGAUUAUUCUGUUAAACUGUUUUGUUUGAUUUAUAAAUCGAAGCUUCAAAUACUCUUACUCAGAGACUGAAAUAUUACGAUUUUACGUUUAAAAUAUUAAAUUAAGUGAAUUGAUGUUGAGAAAUGUAAAUGGGCCGAAUAUGAAUGACAUAGAGUUACAAAUUAUGUCGUAAAAGGGACAAAUGGCGACCGGGAAAUUAUUUCCCUGAGGGAAACAGGCAAAACGUGAGGGUUCUAAUACAAUACUAGCAGACGAUGCUCCUGGUGGUGCCUGCUAGGCCGCCAUUUUCCACGGAAAUCGUCGUAUAUUCAAUUCCCUAUCAAAAUUCUACUAAAAUAAAUAAUAAUAAUAAAAAUCAUUCUCAUCCCCGAUGACAA